AUGUCGGUUGGAGUUCCGACUGGUUCGGAGAAGGAUACACAUCAUUCCCGAAGGCGCUGCGGUACGGUGUUGCCGACGGCCAAGAGGCGGAGACGACCGACGCUCAGACUGCUGGCCGUGUUGCAGUGCCCGACUCGGCGUUGUGCUGCAGAGCGAUCAAGACGCUUUUUGAAUGCGCUGGAUUUCAGAAUUCGCCGAGCCAACCAGUCAGCCCAGUCAAGGCAGCUGCUGCACAUUCAUUCCAACAGUGUGUGUGGCUCACGAGUACGCCCGCAGCUGUCGAAACAUACCAACACGCUCUGUGCAGCCAGGGCAGGGCAAACCACCAUGUCGGUCACGGCGAUCCAUUCGUUAUGCGACCUCCUGCUCGCGUGUGCUGAUGCGCAUGCGCAAUCAAUAUGUCGAUCGGUAUUUCUUGGCUCUUUCUUUUCUUUCUUCCGCCAGCGAGAACAUGCGAGCUUACCGAGACGUGACACGAGGGCGAACUUAUUGGACUCGUGUGGUAUUGUACAUCCGACCAUUGAGCGCCAAGUCAUCGUGUUAGACCACAAUACAGAACAUCGGACAACAAGCCAGGCCGUGCUUCGCUGGACCAUCGCUGCUUGUCGCCAACAACGAGCACGAUACAACAUGAUCGUGUCAUCCUGUCCCUUGCUGGUUGCAUUCGCGACCAAAAUGAGCAACGUGACGGGACGUGGUGAAUGGCCGAGCUGGGUGGAGUCGCAGACUAGGGCUUGGUACGAUCAACGACCAAGAGCUUCAAAUGUCGGCCGAAAUUGCGGAGACAAAGUGCGACGUCGUCAUGAUUCUGGCUGGCGGGUGUCGCAAGGCAAACCAAUCUGCCCUCGAAGAUCGAACAGCGCGCCUCGGAAGAAGUUUCGAGACAAAAGGUCCGCCCGCCGCCGCACGAUCGUGACAGACAUUUGA